UCAGUAAUCCGAUAUGUAGUAUGCACCGUCGUCCGCCGUUGGUUUUUACAGACUCUCAGAGACUCGGACUGUGACUGUCAGUGCGCCGCUAACCGCAGUUUAAGGAGCAUGUCGUCUACCGCAGCAAGUAUCAUCAUGGCCGUGAAUGUUCUUUUAUGUUUUGUGUUUGGAUUGGCCUUCGGAAUUGAAGAAUCUUCUUUGAAAAAUGUACACCAAGUUCAUGUACUGUUCCGACACGGGGACCGCGCCCCCGUCUCGUCCUUCCCCCUCGCCCCCCACAACUCCGAGUCUCUGUGGCCCAAUGGCUUCGCCCAACUCACCAAGUCUGGUCUGCAGCGCCAACAAGCCCUCGGGCGAUGGUUCAGGAAGCGAUACGACCGCUUGUUAUCUCGACACUGGAACGCAUCGCAGAUAUCGGUGACCAGCACAUCAGUAGACCGAACCCUGAACUCUGCUCAGGCCAACCUGCAGGGCCUCUACGCUGACAUGGACCCUGCCAGACGCUUCGAUGACACACUCAACUGGAGUCCUGUUCCUGUCAGGACUACACCCAUGGCUGAGGAUCGGCUGCUGUACCUGGACGACUGGUGCCCCCGUAUCCCGAAGGAGGUUGAGCGUCUGAACGAUGACCCUGUCGUAGCCGCCCUCACAGCGCAGUGCGCUCCCCUCUUCAAGCUCCUCACAGAGAGGCUCGGCGAGACCGUCGAGUCCAUCGAGCAAGUCGAGUUCGCGCACGACUACUUCCAGAUACUCCUGGACAACGGGUACGCGCUGCUUUUCACCGGAUUUAGUCCGUUACUCAGGAAGAUCGUGGAUGACAUGAAAGUUAAAUUGACCAACGCUGAAAACCUACCGAACCGAAGCAUCGCACAGAAACACACGAGCGGUGAGAGCGAGCAAACCUCCUCGACUGCAAAUUUCUUCAUGUACAGCGGCCACGACACGACAGUCGCUGCCAACCUGCAGGCCCUCGGCGUGUACAACCAUGAGAACCCACCGUAUGCUGCCACCGUCAUCUACGAGCUUCAUGUGGUGCAGGGCAAAGCUUAUGUGCAGGUUCUGUACCACAACGAGUCGAGCAGCACUCACUUGCUGACGCUGCCAGACUGCGACGCUCUCUGCCCCAUCGACAAGUUCGAGUCGCUGCUGGCGCCAGUCCUCCCCACCGACCUCGAGAAGGAGUGUCAAGUCCCUGGCCAAGAGGUGGCCGACACCCACGACAGCGUCAUGGCCGGGCUUGCUAAUCUUCUAUCUUACGGAGUCACAGUGUCAGCGGUGCUGCUGGUGCUGAACGCGCUGGUGUCUCUAACGCUGUUGUGUCUCGUGUGGUCCUGGAGACGACGCCUCAAGAACCUACAGGCUUACACCUUACUAGCGCAAGACACGUCGUGACUCGCUUCAUCGGACCACGUCUUAGGUCCCGCAUUUGUGGUCCCACGCUGUGCUUCGUCGUCCCUCCAUUGCUGUGGUCCGAUGUUCUGCCUCGUCACUCCUCGUUGCGGGUCCCGCAUUUGUGAUCCCAAGCUUUGCCUCGUGGUACCACGUCUGUGGUCCCGCGCGUGCGGUCCUCAGUUUCAGUAGUUGAAGGCAGCGAGUAGUACCUAGUAUUAGUAGUGAAAUUUUUAACGAUUGCCUCUGCUUUCAUCCAUGACUAAAGAAAUCUUAAGUGACAAAAACGUACCUGCCUAAAUCGGCGAAAAAUUGCAUAAUUAUGUGCUUAUUUGGUAAUGAUUAGCGGCGUAAAUGAAGGGCGAAGGCAAAAACAAUCAGGCACCUUCAGUUAUUACUAGCCAAUUAUGAACAUAAUAAGGCUUUUAGCCAAUAAUGAAAUGAGCAUUUAAUGUUGAUAUUUUAGGUAAUGACUGAGCACAUUCGCUUUCAUAAUUUUUUCGCAUCCUUUGCUUUUUAAAAUAAAUGUCCGAGACUUUUUUUAAGUACUGAAUGUUUAUUUUCUUAUGUGUUCAUUUGUAUUAAUCAUCGUGGGCGUUAUCUCUCGACGCUCCCGUUACAGUCUCGAUGAACUUGAAGUGUGGAUUAGUCGUUCUGCACUACGAUAUUUAUUUAAUAAAAACAAUUCCUUUUACCCCGCAUUGAUAUAUAGUAAGCGGUUAGAGUUAAAGAGUGUUUUUUACUUAUAAAAUCACACAAGUAACGGUCAUAGUAUACGAAUAACACCCUGUUACUCAGACGUGAAUUUAAUUUUUCGAGACUACGCAGUGAUUAUUAUUCUCGGGGUCUUUAAGGUAAAAAAAAAACGAAUUCGUAUGACAGUACGUAAUUAUUACUAUACUGGCAGUCUUAGGAGAAAUAGAACAAAUUUGUGUGAUAGUAAAUUUAUUUUUUUAAUCCUGCAUUACGUGAUAGGUUCGUGUGCGUAAGGUUGUUCAUCGCUGUGCCAAGGUUGUGCCCGCGAAUUUUUUCGUGUUAGUCAAUGUAUAGUACUUAGUUUUUAAUUAAAAAUAUAUUGUCUCGGUGUUUAUUUGAGUGUGUUUGUAUGCGUAACUCAAUGAAUAGUGUUUAAUAUAAUAAAAAAGUGUCUUUGCGACCUUGACACAAAAAAAAUGGUGUAUAAAUCGUAAAUGAAAUUAGGUGUUUUUAAACAUCCAAAGCUUUUAUGGGGUUAAAAACUAUCGUGAAAAUGUCCUUAUCAAUAUGGUCAGUACGAAUAUCUCGCAUACUACACUGCUUUUACCAUUUUAAAUACAAGAAUAAAUGAGGGAUAAUCUCAUUUGACUCGGCUAGGUCGUAAUUCCAUGAUGUCAUUCAACGAGGUUCAAGAUUUUCCGAAGACUAACUUUUGAAUUUAAUUAGUUUUUUGCCAGGAUAUAUAUACUAUCACAAGUAUAUAUAUCCGUGUGUGCGCAUAUAUAUACUGGCUCAAGUAUAUAUAUCCUUGUGUGCGCAUAUAUAUACUGGCACAGGAAUUCUGAAGCUGCCAAAGCUCAGGAAAAAUUUCUAAGCCAUAUUCAUUUUCCGUGAAUCAAAAGGCGCUUAGUUUUAGUUGUGUUGAACUUUACAGUUGAAUCGCAUGAAUAUUGUUUAAAACAAUUGUUCACACGUGAACUAAAAGUAGUACUAAAUGUCGUAAAAAGUUUCUUUCGUUGUUUCCUUCGUAGUUUCUUUCGCUGUAACGUAAUCCAAUGAACAAAUUAUUCACAACAGUGGCCGAAUACACCUUGUCCGAAUUCCGUACUUAGCUUGUCCUGUCUAGUCCGUACCUUCAAGGGGAUUCGAAUACUGGUUCCAGAGCAAAUAUUUUUUACGUACUAUGUGUUAUUUUUUAUAUCGUGUGUUUUUUCUGGAUUUUUUUUUUUAUUCAUUUUAGUCUUGUUCGUACUGAACAUUAUAAAUGCGUUUACUUAUCGCAGAGCUGGAAUGGUUUAAUUUAUGAGGAUUGGUCUGGUUUAUUUGUGUUUUCGACUGUUUUUAAUGAAGUUUGAAAUGUUUUUUUUUUAUCAUGCUUUGAAUUCUUUGAAUUCUAUGCGUUGACUUCAUUGUCUUGCGAAUUUUUAAAUCACGUGUUGGUUUUUUUAAUUGGGGUAUCGCACGUUUUAUCUCCGAUACAAAUAUUUCCGUGCUGUUUGUGAUGGUCUGUGGUUACACUCAAUAGCUCUACAUAGUUGUGGGCAAUCUGUAUUGUAUUUCAUCUUCAGGAAAUUCCAUAUAGUAUGUCAUCAGAAGGUUAAAUUUCAUUUUUAAGGCAAUAGACCAUAUUUUCCGAUGUUCGUUGAGACAUUUGCAGCAGGCUUCGAUUUGUGUGUUGCUGAACUAAAGUGAAAUAUAACUGCCAGGUAUUCGUUUCGGGAUAUAUAUAAUUAAAAGUUUGGCUAUAAUUAUCUAAAUUGCAUAGCAAAGAAAUCUUCGAAUUGAUAGAUAUGUAAAUCAGAUUUGAUCAUUUUUCGCGAACCUGAAUUAAAAUGUACGAAGAUAGCACUAAAGUCUCGAGUUUGGUUAAGAUUUUCUCGAUACGAGUUUGUGGUUAUAAGAGUUGCACGAUAGUGAAAAUCUGACGCGUUCUUGAUCGUUAAGCUUCCUCUAGAACCUGCAUUAUGCGGAAUAUUGAGGAAUUAUGAUGAUAUUUCGGAGUUCGCUCCUCGUGUCAAUAAAGCCAGAGUGAUUGUGAA